AGUGAUUUAAAGUCUCCCAACGGUAAAGCAUUUCCACAAUACCAUUUAAUACUCCAUCCCCAAUUUCUACUCAACCUUCAAUGGACAUCGAAAAGAAAGACGAACUACCACUCAGAUCCGCCACCGUUCCCACCACCGGCGACCAGAAAAAACUCAAACGCCGGAGAUGCAUCAUCAUCUGCUCAUCAAUACUCGCAGUAAUCCUCAUGAUCGCAUUAAUACUACUCAUCUUAUCCUUAACCGUCUUCAAAGCUAAAAAACCAGUCCUAACAGUGAAUUCAGUGGCGCUAGACGACUUGGACGUAAACAUAACUCCAUUACCACCUAAAAUAUCCUUAAACCUUUCACUCGCUUUAGACCUGACAAUUAAGAAUCCUAACAAAGUCAGUAUCAAGUACCAGCCCAGCUCGGCUAUUCUCCGGUACAAAGGGAGAGAUCUUGGUGAUGUUCCCAUACCCGCGGGGAAAAUUGGAGCGGAUGGUAUUGAGCGCUUGAAUCUUACGGUUGUUCUUUUUGCUGAUCGCUUGCUUACGGAUUCUGGGAUAUAUAGGGAUGUUCUUGGAGGUAAUUUGCCGUUUUCGACUUAUACAAGAAUUAAAGCUAAAGCUCGUGUGGUGUUUUUUAAUGUUCAUGUUACUUCUACGUCGACUUGUGAUGUGAAUAUUGAUAUUGGAAGUAGAAGUGUUUCGAAUCAGACUUGUCAUUACAAGAAUAAUUUAGGGUGAAUGAUGAUGAUGAAUCAUUUUUUUUUUCAUAGGGAUACUAUAUUUUGGGGUUUUUUCUUUAUUAAUUAGUUGUUAUGUUAUGUUAUACGUUGGACUAUUGAAAUAAGAGAUAUUGUUGAUCACUACUUUUUGUUUGA